AUUCCUGGAGUCGAGGAGCCGUCUCCGGACAGGAUGUGAGAGAGGAACUGGGGUCUCUAGUCACGGGAGCCAGCUGGGGCCGCAGGAGGGAAGGGAUCGUGGCUGCCGUGAGCAGAGCUGGGGCCCAAGACCGAGGGUGGAGAGGGCCGGGCGCCCGGACUCCAGGGUCUCCCAUUCAGGAUGCGGGUCCGCCGGCCUCAGCCCUGGGGGCUCGGUCUGCUGCUCGUCCUCCUGCCUGGGACGUUGAGUGCAGGUACCCCGGCCCAGCUGCUCUGUUCUCCUGUGUCUCCGGCAGAGAGCCACCGCUCCCUCCUGUACCACUUCACGGCCGUGUCCGCCCCCGCCUCGGGGACUCCUGCCUUCUGGGUGUCGGGCUGGCUGGGGCCACAGCAGUACCUGAGCUACAAUAACCUGCGGGCUGAGGCUGAGCCCUACGGCGCUUGGGUCUGGGAAAGCCAGGUGUCCUGGUAUUGGGAGAAAGAGACCACAGACCUGAGGUACAAGGAGAAGCUCUUCCUCGAAGCUCUCCAAGUUUUAGGGGAAGGAGGUCCCUACACCCUUCAGGGCCUGUUGGGCUGCGAGUUGGGCCCUGACAAUGUCUCGGUGCCUGUGGCCAAGUUUGCCCUGAACGGCGAGGAGUUCAUGACAUUUGACCCCAAGAUGGGCACCUGGGAUGGGGACUGGCCUGAGUCCCAGACCAUCAGUGUCGAGUGGAUGCAGCAGCCCGAGGCGGUCAGCAAGGAGAAGAACUUCCUGCUCUACGCUUGCCCCCACCGGCUGCUGGGGCAUCUGGAGAGGGGCCGAGGCAACCUGGAGUGGAAGGAGCCACCCUCCAUGCGCCUGAAGGCCCGACCGGGCAGCCCUGGCUUUUCUGUGCUCACCUGCAGUGCCUUCUCCUUCUACCCACCCGAGCUGCAGCUGCGAUUCGUACGGAAUGGGAUGGCAGCUGGCUCUGGUGAGGGUGACAUUGGCCCCAACGGGGAUGGCUCCUUCCACGCCUGGUCUUCACUGACAGUCAAGAGCGGCGACGAGCACCACUACCGCUGCGUGGUGCAGCACGCAGGGCUGGCCCAGCCCCUCGCCGUGGAGCUGGAAUCACCAGCCAAGUCCUCGGUGCCAGUGGUUGGAAUCGUCAUCGGCUUCUUACUGCUCAUGACAGUGGCUGCAGGAGGAGCUCUUCUGUGGAGGAGGAUGAGGAAGGGGCUGCCAGCCCCUUGGAUCUCUUUCCGUGGGGACGAUAUACGGGCCCUCCUACCCAAUCCUGGCCUGUCCAAGGAAGCUGAAUCUUAGGAUAUAAAUGCAUUCGCAGCGACUGCCGAUCGUCCCCCAUCCUGGCUGCUACCAGCUAAUGUAGUCAGGUCCUUUUCAUGCUGUGAGACCUCCUGGAAUCCUGGUAUUUCUGAGCCUCCAGAAGGAGCCUGAUGUCCUCCCUCUGGAUUUCCCCUCCUGAUAUAUAUGGCUGUCUUCCACCUCCACAUAUAACAUGGGUUUGGGCCCGAAUCAUUGUGUUCUCAUCGUUUCAACUUUUUAGGAAAUUGUGGGGGGAAUAAAUGGUGUAAGCCUUGGGCUUCAAAUCUCUCCUGAGGCUAACUUGUUGCCGUGGUGGAAUCUACCAAUUUUAUAUACCAAGUCAUAUAUUUUUAAUUAAUAAAUUUCACAAAUAUUUACUGGA